CUAGGAGACUCGUGGAGAAAGCCAAAAAUCAAGAGGGAUGGAAAAUAAAAGAUGAAUCAUUCGGACACCUGCAUCAUUGAACACUUGUGUGAAUCUCAAGACAAAUACCAAUAUAGCUUGGUUAAAGGUAAACAAUGCCUGACAUAACAUACCUAAUCUCAGUUUAAAAUGCUGUGUAAACAACAU